AAGAGCUGCACUAAUAUCCUCAAUUUUCUCUCAUUGACUCGAGCAUUUCAGCCCAUCUUCCCGGUGUCUGUGCGUUUAGCUUUUGUGGCCGUGUACACUUGACUUAUGAGGGUCGAGAACUUUCGCAAUUGUUGGAUUUUGGGUUAGCUUGCUAGCUAACGUGUUUAGCUACCACGCUAGCCGGUUAUGCUAAUGUUGCCUUUUUUUUGACAGCCUCGUCUGCUAGCUUAUCUCACAUCUGCUAGCCGGCUAGUUAGCUCCGUGACAUGCCUUUGUCUAGGCAUCAGGUCAGUUGUGGCACAGCUCUCGUCGGUUCAUGACAACUGUGUGUAAGUAAACGUCGCUAAAGGUGGGUGGGAAAUAGCAGGUUUUGUGGCAUGCUAACAGCGUUUUAGCACGCAUGAUUUGCAGGUUUACACUGGCUCUAAAAGUAGGGCAGACGUCCGCUUAGCGCCACACAAACGGUAUUUGGUCAGUUAAUGCAAUUGUACUUUAUGACAACGAUACCCAGCAGCAAAUUAUAAUAGUUGAACUAUCUUGAAUUGUCACACAGUUAUUAUCAACAGUUAAUGGAGCUUGUUGAUUUCGGUUGUGUUGUAAAUAUGUCGUGUCAAGUCACAUGUUGUGUCAAGUGUCAGAUUACAAAGGGGGGCUCCAUAUGUUUUCUGUAGGUGCAGCAAACUGGAGUCGGACCAAUUCCUACACGUAUCACUGAGUGUCGACACAUCCUCCAGAGUGUCCCUAGACUUGGGAUAUCAAGGAUGUUUGAGCUCACGCUUUCUCGAUACUUAAGUCGACAGGAUGACACAACUGUAACACCAGUGAUAAUCCCUAGCUGUUUGGGAAGCUACAGCAUUUAGUCACAGAGCCUCAGCACCCAUUCCAUUACCUGUCUACUCUUGACCUGUUAAGUCAAGAUGCCUUGGCCAUUUUCUGAGUCCAUCAAGAAGCGGGCCUGCAGAUACCUCCUGCAUCGAUACCUGGGCAACUUUCUACAAGAGAAGCUGAGCUUGGAUCAGCUCAGUCUUGACCUUUAUCUAGGCACGGGGUCCCUUGCACAAGUUCCACUGGAUAAAUGGUCGCUCAAUGAGCUUCUAGAGACGGCCGAUGCCCCCUUUGAGGUAAUUACAGGGUUCAUCCAGACUAUUUCUCUAACGGUCCCAUGGGCAGCCCUGCUCCAGGAAAACUGUGCCCUCGAGGUCAAGGGUUUGGAGAUGGUGCUCAGACCAAGACCAAGAGUGGCAUCUGGCACCGAGCCCAUGUACUGGUCCAGUUUCAUGACAAGCAGCAUGCAGCUCGCCAAAGAAUGCCUGAGCCAGAAACUCACUGACGACAUGGGAGAGACCUUCCAGCCAUUUGAAGGAUUAGAGAAGUUUGCAGAAACGAUAGAGACAGUUCUGAGAAGAGUCAAAGUGACAUUUCUGGACACUGUUCUCAGAGUCGAACACAUUCCAGAAAACUCUAAAACUGGAAUUGCUCUUGAGAUUCGAAUCAACAAGAUUGUUUACUGUGAUGAAACUGGCGAGGAGAGUUCAAGUGUAAAUGUGCAUCAGCCAACCACGUUUGCUCAUAAAAACAUUCAGAUGGAAGGAAUCACUGUAUUUUGGGACGAGUUCUCAGAUGUGUCUCGUGCGGGUUGUAAAUCUUCACCUGCUGCAACGGAGACUGAGCCAAAACUCUCCCCUAGCUGGAAUCCUAAAAUAAUAUGCGAGCCUCAUCCCCAGUUCACGGAGCCUCUGUCGUCUACAACGCCCUUUGAACCUGUGCAGGUUGGGAGCCUUGGUGGUAAAAUAGAGUUGUCUCUCACCCUAAAAAACAACCUAGCUAUGCCUGGAGCAAAGCUGGAUGUCGUCGGACACAUUGAUACAUUGAUUAUUCUUCUGUCUCCGCGGCAAGUUCAUCUCCUUUUGGACUUGUUUGGAGCUUUUUCGGGUUCAGGCGCUCAGGAGUGGGCUAAGGACAGGAAGAGCCGCCCCAUACAGCAAGAGGAUGAGUAUCGGCUCCAUAUGGAACUGAACCGGUGUCUGAAGAAGGACACUGCUGUGCCUGGAGUCGACCCCGACCUCUUUGAAAGCCAGACCACCAGAACUGUGUCGAGUCGAGAUGACGUGUUCUUUUCCAUGGCUGACAUGGACAUGUCUCACAGCUUGUCCUCCCUCCCUCCUCUGGGUGAACCCCCCACUGUAGACUUGGACUUGUCACUCAACAGUAACUACUCUGCCUCCCCAGGAGAAUCUCCCUCUGGAAAUGCCACCACUCUGUGGGAUGACUACAUGGAUGUGCCACGACAAAGAGACAAGCAAACUAGUGAAACUCCUGUCCAGUCACGUGACUCGCAGCUCCCUCCCAAGUUAUUGAGGCAAACCUCUCAUCUCUCCAAAACUCACGGCGAUGAGUCAAGGCCAGAGCUGGUAUUGAAGUUGACGCUGAGCAGCCUGGCUGUCUCAAUUCUCCAUAUUGAUCCGCUGCCACCUCCACAUGCUGCUCCCAGUCCCCUCGGCCCCAUGGCUGCACACUUCUUCAGCACAGUGGGCCCGGGCCAGCUCGACCCGGCUGCUUUUCUUCAGUCUCGGACAGUGUUUAAUCAGGCUUGCCCCCACGACCACCUCAGGUUUGUGGGGCAGGGUCUGAAGAUCAGCUACGAGCACUGUCAGGGAUCCAGCCUGCGGACCUUUAGCACUGACAUCUCCCUCAACCAGAUGGAGUUUCUGGAGUGUCUCUUCCCCUCUGAGGCCGUCAUCGGCGGCUCCCAAAGAGGAAUUCAGUACACAGAGCUCCUGACAUUUGACACCACAGCCAAUGCUGAUGCGCCGCUUACCACCUGCCUUCACCUGCUUUACAAACAGGCUGAGCGCAGAGGUCCUCAGGGCGGCCAGGUGCGUCUCAGCACAAUCCCAAGAAAAGCAGAGAUCCAGGUGGAGCUGGGCGCUGUGCGUGCUGAGCUGGACAUCAGCAUCGUGGACCGUCUCAACUCACUGCUGCAACCUCAGAAACUCGCCACCACAGAGAUGAUGGCUUCCCACAUGUAUACAUCUUACAACAAGCACGUCAGUUUGCACAAGGCCUUCACAGAGGUUUUCCUUGACGACAGCCGCACUCCCACCAACUGUCACGUAACGGUGACAGUCAAUGCCCCGGUGCUUGGCAUCGCAGUGCGUUUCCCCAUCCCCGACCUGCGCUCAGAUCAAGAAAGGGGCCCUUGGUUCAAGAAGUCCUUGCAGAAAGAAAUACUUCACCUCGAGCUUGAAGACCUGGAGGUGAAAACAGAGUUCAUGGGCGGCAGUUCACCUGACCAAACCAAAAUGGAGCUCACGUUCAAGGAACUUACUGGGAAGUUCCAGGAGGAGCCGGAUCAACCACCUGUCCGGUUCCUCAGAGUGUCCAACACCAUGGACGGAGACAUGUCGACAUCUGAAAGUGUGAAAUUUGACUGGCCGAGGAUUGUGCUCAAGAUGAACCCCACGGCCGUCCACUCCAUCCUCGAGCGCGUGACAGCUGAAGAUGACGAGGGGGCUGAGGACCAUUCCCUGGAAGAAGAAGAGGAGGAAGGGGCCUCUCACUCGCUAAAGGAUGUGUGUGACUUUGGGAAACCAGAGCCGUCGCCCUUUUCUUCACGCAGGGUCAUGUAUGAGAAUGAAGAGAUGGUCAUUCCUGGCGAUGUCGCCGAGAUGACGGAGUUCCAGGAAAAAACCAUGAACAACUCUCGUUUUGUCCUCGAGUUGUGUUUCCCCAACGUGCAGCUGGCGCUUCCGAGCAAGGCGUUUUAUGAAAAAUUACACAACAGAAUAAACAAUGACCUGCUGCUGUGGGAGCCCACCGCUCCAUCCCCGGUGGAGACCGUUGAGAACAUGCCGUACGGAGUCGGGCUCUCGGUCGCCAGCCAGCUGAUCAACACUUACUCCAAGGACAGCUUCAGCCAGUUCCGCUCGACUGGUCCCGAGGAGGACAGCAGCGGCUCAGAAGAGGAGAACAUGCACUAUUACUCCCCUGCCUCAGAUAUGGGCCUCAGAUCUCGUAAGAAGAAAAAGCCCAAACCCCACAGCAAGUCCUCCCAGAGCCUUUUCUCCGUCAUCCUCAGCGUCAAUCACGGCCUGGUGGCUCUUCAAGCCAACGCUAAGAAGGAAGACGGAACUGUGCUGAAAAACAAACACGGAGAGUUCUGGCUGGAGAUGAAAAAUGCCGUUUUGUUCAGUGUCACUCAAUAUGAAGGCUACAAAGACCAACACUACAUCUGCUUCCAUACCGGUAGCAUUUGCAUGUAUCACCAAGGACUAGUUGAUGGAGGAACCGCUUUCUCGGACAUCAAGUUGCCAUGCAGGACACAUCCUCACUGGCUAGAGCCGACCAUCUACCAGUCUGAGACUUCCCCAGAAAGAUCCUCCACACCCUCAGAGGGCAUUGGUCUGGAAGCACGCAGCAUGGUGUCUGUCGCUGUGAAGAUCUCGUCGCAGAACGCAGAGCGCAACAUCAAGGUGCGGGAGUUUCUGGUUGCUAUUGGAGUGAGGGGAGCGACACUCCAGCACAGAGUGGUCCCCCCCAGCAUGGGCUGGUACGACCAGAUUGUUGACUUUCUGAAUGUUUCCGAUGAACCCGUGUUGGGUUAUGCCCCUCCUACGUCCGUCACCACUCUACAUCUACACCUAUGGAGCUGCUCUCUAGAUUACAGACCCCUUUACCUGCCACUCAGAUCACUACUGAUUGUUGAGACUUUCAGCAUCUCCAGCAGUGUCUCUUUGGACCAUUCCUCCUCAACACUCAGGAUCAUUUUGGAUGAAGCUGCUCUGUUCCUCUCAGACAAGAGUAACGCCGUCUCUGUCAACCUAGUGCGCGACUAUGUCCAAGUGGUGGACAUGGGAACGCUGGAACUAAGGAUUACGGCUGUCAAGCCUGGAGCAGAUGGGAAACUGUCUGAGCCCAGAUUUGAGCUGCGCUGCUCCAGUGACGUGAUUCACAUUAGGACGUGUUCGGACUCCUGCGCCGCCCUCAUGAACCUCAUCCAGUACGUCGCCAGCUAUGGAGACUUACUCCCCCCUACGGAACCAGAAGCCAAGCACAGCAGCACAACACAAAGGGGCAAGGCGGAGGUUCCCAGCCGGCCGACAUCUCAAACCUCACUGCUCGCUGAGACUGAGCAGCAGAUGUUGCAGGAUCUCAUGAGUGAAGCCAUGGAGGAGAUUGAUGGGCAGCACGCACCGGCACCACAGCAGAACGGUGCACGUGAGGAGCAGAUUCAGGACCACGACCCACCUCGCUCGGACCUGUUCCUGUUCCCAGAUGAGAGUGGGAAUUUUACCCAAGAGUCCAGUCCUACCUACCCCAUGCUUCCCUCUCCUCUCAUCACACCAGCUCCUAAUCUGGCCCAAGAGACGGACGACUUUUGCAUCUUGGAAACUCCGGGUUCCAGAGGAGAGGAUCGGGAUCAGGAGCCGGUGGUUAAACGACUUACCUCGGACCCGGUGGAAAUCAAAGACGACCACUUCAGUCAGCCUCUGUAUGGGAGCGAUUCCAGCCGCGGAGCCGUGAACUUUCCCAUCCCGGAGGUUCGCUACCUCAUCAAGGAGAUCUCUGUCAUCUGGCAUCUUUAUGGUGGAAAAGACUUUGGGAGUGUAACUUCCACAGCCUCUCCUGCCAGGAGCCGGGGAUCAACACCUCACAGCUCCCCCUCUCAAACUCCCGUCAGACAAGUUAAGGCGUCAGGGCGUGCGGUUGGUGGACGAGGAAGGAACCCUGACAUCCUCAUGGAGAUCCAGCUCAGCAAAGUGAGAUUCCAACAUGAAGUGUACCCACAGUCGCCAGUAGCGUCGCGUUCAGCAGCCGACCAGCCGGUGUCCCGGCAGGUGUUUGUUGUGCAGGACCUGGAGAUUCGAGACAGACUGGCUACCUCACAGAUGAACAAGUUUCUCUACUUGUACUCAAGCAAAGAAAUGCCCCGGAAAGCCCAUUCUAACAUGUUGACUGUUAAGGCGCUGCACAUGUGUCCAGAGUCAGGCCAGGCUCCCCCAGAGUGCUGUUUACGAGUCUCUCUGAUGCCUCUUCGCCUCAAUAUUGAUCAGGACGCACUAUUCUUCUUGAAGGACUUCUUUACUAGUCUUACUACUGAAGUUGAGUUCUUCUCACCGCCUGUCCAAGAAACCGUCUGUGUCACCACAAAGAAAGCGGCGGCCCCAGAGAUCUCCUGCAGCUUCUCCAAGCAGACGAGCAGCAGUCAGGAUCCAGCCCCAAUCAUUUCAGUUCCCGCUCAGAGACGACUCAGCCACAACGGCUUCUCCACAUCUGGCAGGGAAGAAGUGAACGACAGUGAAGCAUCUGCUUCCCCCUUCACAGACCAACCCAUCUUCUUUAGGGAGUUUCGGUUUACCUCUGAGGUUCCUAUUCGCUUGGAUUACCAUGGCAAACAUGUGUCGAUGGACCAGGGAACUUUUGCAGGAAUCAUUUUUGGGUUGACACAGCUGAAUUGUUCAGAGUUGAAACUGAGGCAGUUGUGCUACAGACAAGGGUUACUAGGUGUGGAUAAGCUGUUCUCUUAUGCAAUAAACGAGUGGCUAAAUGACAUCAAGACGAACCAGCUUCAAGGAAUACUGAGUGGUGUUGCACCGAUUCACACUCUGGUAAAACUUGUUCAUGGACUCAGGGACUUGGUCUGGCUCCCAAUUGAGCAGUACAGAAAGGACGGCCGGAUAGUCCGUGGAUUUCAGCGUGGCACUGCCUCCUUCGGUACCUCUACUGCUAUGGCUGCUCUGGAGCUCACCAACAGGAUGGUGCGGACCAUCCAGGCAGCAGCUGAGACGGCCUAUGACAUGGUGUCUCCAGUGCCAGAUGAAAGAGACACAAAGAGGAUAAAACGGUUCUCCCAUUAUGGACUGGCUCAUCAGCCUGUGGACCUUAGAGAAGGUGUAGCCAAAGCGUACACUGUGGUGAAAGAGGGGAUCACAGAUACUGCACUGACCAUCUAUGACACGGCCACGCGAGAGCACGAGCAGCGCGGGAUGACGGGGGCGGUCGGCGGGGUUCUCCGCCAGCUGCCGCCGGCGGUGGUUAAGCCCCUCAUUAUGGCCACUGAAGCCACGUCUAACGUGCUCGGGGGGAUGAGGAACCAGAUUCACCCCGAUGCUCGUCAGGAGGAGACGCAGAAGUGGAGGCAGGGUGAGGAGUAAAUCUCAAUGCCACAUGGUACCAGAAACCAUAACUGUGCAGCAGGCGCAGCCAAUACAAGCGUGGAGAAAGAUGGACAGCAAGCACUGCUGUAAAUAAACUAGUGUUUGUCUUGUGGCAGUUUGAGCUACUGUGAUUCAGCUUAUGUCAGCGUACCAGUUCCCUCACAGUGCCUUCAUGGUCAACUGCAUUGUCCAGCCGUUUGUAUCAUCAAAGGGAUAUAUGAAAAAGGAUCAGAUUGUGACCCACAUGUGGGUCAUUUUCUGUUAGAAUAGACAAGACUUUUUCAAAUGUAGACGCAGGUAAAGAAACAGGUUGUCUCAUUUGCUUCAUUUUCAUACAGCUCUGUUUACAAUUUGUGUGGUUCCAUUCUCUUAUCCUACUUGGUGUCAACAAACACUAAUAUUAUAGGUGUAACGGCCCUUACUUUAUAUAACAUGUACUGUAUGUAGGCCUUGUUAUCUACUGUAAUAACCCCAAUGUGCAACACUUCAUGCAAACAUAAGAGAACAAGUUUAGAAACUGAAUGUUGUACAGCUUUCUGUAAUCAGCACUUUUAAGCGACUUGAGUUACCCGGGUUACUGUCCCAAAUUAAUGGUCGAUGGGAGGACGACACAAACAUGUUGCAAAAAUGUAACGGCUUUACUUUGAGCUGUGGUCAGUAAUUUCACGACGGCUGCUGUCCUGAAAAGCUGCUUUUUAAGUUUAAAAACUGUUGAGAUGCUUCAGUCUGCUGCUCACACCUUCAAAUCAUUGACACAAACUCUUAUAAGGAAGCCUCUUCAAGCAAAGUCUUAACGGAAAGAUUUUUGUGGAUAUUGAUGUUUGACGUGAUAUGUUGUGUUGCAGACAUUGCUCACCUUCUAGUUUAUGUGAAAAAAAAUAAUAUUUCUUGUACAUAACUUGUACAGUUGAUUCAUGAAUUUGUAUUAAAAGCAUGAAAGGGAAAUAAAAAUGGUUCAAGUCAUCAGCAAA